AUGCGAGAUUUCGUUUUAUUCUUUUUCAUUGCUUUGAUUGGAUUGGCGAAUGGAGAUGAAGAAAAUGAAAUUCUAGAAAAGUUGGAAUUUCAAUUCGAGAAGCAUCCACAACCAUUUAUCGUGAAAAAAGAUCUGAAAUUGUUGAACGAGAACAAUGGAAGUAUUCAAUUGACAUUCAGAGCAAAUGAGGGUUACAAUGAGGAUCUUGGUGAAUACAUCAACAAGGCUUUAAGAGUGAAGCUGGAGAUCGAAAAAGAGCAAUCCGGGAAAAUCUAUAGAGAUUUAGCGUUCACUGACUGGUCGGAAACGCGACAAUUUGAAAUUAUUGGCAACUCGUCGGGAAAAGCGCACGAGUUUUUCUACAACUCUGGCAUCCUCUAUUUCAGAUAUAAUGAAACGGCUCCAAAUUUCACGUUGACUGUCACAGAGAUACCGUUUCUUCAUGGUUGUGAAUGCAGCGGUUUCUCGUACGAAUACCCGGAUGGAAUCCGAAAUCCGACACAAUUCCCAGGCGCCAUUUUGACUCUUGACAUUCCAAAGAAUUGUACAAUGAUCAAGUGUGGAUGGGCUUCGGAAAGCGAUAUGAGAAUGGGGCAAGAGAUCGAUUUCUCAUUCCUUGGCGCUUACGACAAAAAUGAUCGUUUCUAUAUUCGAAACUCGAAUGGGACGACUAGUUUGUUGCCCGAAUCGGGAAGCUUCAAACGUUUCAAGAUGAUGAUCAAUGAGCCAUUCGAAAUCUAUUUCAUUAGCGGACCGAAUCCAAGCCGAGAUCGACACAUGAAUUUCCAAAGUCGAAGGAUCGGAAGAAUGGAUCAACGGAUGAUAUUGGGAAAUGGAUCGGGUCACGACACACAUAAUUCGCUUGACGGUGUGCUCGAGAGCCGAGAGCUGCAUUAUCUACAAAGCCAGAUGCAAAACGCUCCUUUCAAGUUGCCAACUUCGAACAUGGAUUCGGCGAUCAGCUCGCAAGCGAGCCUCGCUGGAUAUCAGAAUCCGAUAUUUGACACGCCACCAUCGCUUUACAAUUCUCCACAAUUCAACUCGGUGUUGAAUACUCCAAUAGUGACUUCACUCCAGUCAAACAUUGCUGUCGCUUGUUGCGUUUGUAGUACCGAAUGUGGACGUGGACACGGAUUUCAGCUUAGUACUUGCAAUCAUAUUUAUUGUAACAAUUGCAUCUCGCUUACGAUUGGAAAACACGGACGAUAUUGCACUCUCUGUUUUGCCACCAAUAUGGCUCUUGAAUCGGCUUACAUGCGGCAGCUUCCCACUCAUGGUGGUACAGAAGAUUUGACUUCGUUGUUCUCUUCGCGGCUUCCGUUGAAUGAUGUAUUGAUGAGCAAGCCAUCUUCUGCUCUUCUUGAAACCACUUUGGCUAAUCAUGCUCCAUUCUCGCAGCGCUUUGAUUCAUUGAAUAAGGAAAUCUCAAAUCAUCAUCUCUUUGAUGUUGAUCCUGAGCCAAUUCGUGCUCCGGUAUUCUCGCCAUCAAAAACCGCUCAAAAAUCGCGCGUUUGUGCUGGAUGUCAUGAAGGAGCUGCUCAAUAUUGCGAAAAUUGUCAAGAAUCGCUCUGUGACGACUGUGUUUCUGCGCAUCAAAGGGUCCGCUUCACUCGAGACCAUCAUAUUGUCCGUUUGCCCGAGCGUCGCGAGUGCAUUAAGGAGACAGCUGAGGAAUCGCAGCCACAAUUUAUUGCCGUCAAGCUUAUUCAACCUGAUGGUUCUCCACUCGAUCUUGCAAUCACUGAACGAUCGGUGGGCGGCGUCUCACUUAACUUUGUCCCUAAACUGAAGGGAGUUCAUAAUCUUUAUAUUCAACUUCAAGGAUCCAACACCAAGGGAGCUCCCAUUCAAUUCGAAGUGCUUCGUGGAAGAAACUACAAAGAAGUUGCGGACCGUGGAGAACUGUUUCAUUUUGGCAAAGAAGGCAGCGAGGAUGGAGAGCUUUGUCGCCCAUGGGGAAUUUGUUGUGAUCAAAAGGGUCGCAUCAUUGUCGCUGACCGAAGCAAUAAUCGCAUUCAAAUCUUUGACCCAGAAGGAAAGUUCUUACAAAAAUUCGGAAUGGGUGGAAAUCGGCCAGGGCAGUUUGAUCGCCCUGCUGGUGUUUGCGUUAAUACUCACAACCAGAUUAUUGUUGCCGACAAGGAUAAUCAUCGUGUACAAGUCUUUGACAAUGAUGGAAAUUUCGUCUUCAAGUUUGGUGAACGUGGCCGCUCGCAAGGAAUGUUCAAUUACCCAUGGGGAGUCGCUACAAACAAUCUCAAUGAGAUAGCUGUGUCGGACACUCGCAAUCAUCGUGUUCAGAUCUUUUCAUCACAUGGAGAGUUUCUUCUUAAAUGCGGCUUUGACACUGCUUACUUCUACAAGCACUUGGACUCCCCGCGUGGUGUUUGCUACUUGCCAAAUGGACAACUGCUAAUUACCGAUUUCAACAACCAUAGAGUUGUCUUGAUGGGUCCAAAGGGCGGACCUGACAUGAAAUGCUAUGGAAGCGAAGGAGAUCAAGAAGGCUUAUUCUUACGUCCUCAAGGCAUUGCUAUUGACAUGGAAGGACAUAUACUGGUCUGUGAUUCACGCAACAAUCGUGUUCAGGUAUUUGCAAGUGACGAUAUGCGUUGUGUUACCGUGUUUGGAGGAGCCAAGUUGGCCCUAUCACCUACUACAAGCCAUGCUACUAAAUCACCAACGCAGGAUAUCAACUUGCUUGCUAUGCCUAUGCCACCAGUUACGUCAAUGCAAGGAACACCGUUGUCGCUUGAUUUCACCUCUCCUCCGCCAACGAAUCCAUCGAAGGGCAAACCACCAAUGAUGCAAUUUGGCUCGAAUACUACGCAAAGUGAGACAGCUGUUGGAUCGUCGCUUGCUCUUCUUGAUCGUCCGACCGACUUGUGCAUUGGACUUGAUGGACGAAUCUAUGUUGUCGACUUCGGAAACAACUGCGUCCGUGUCUUC